CAUUUGUCAUUCUUGAUUGUCAAAAAUCAUGUUUUCUUUCCGAUCGCGAUGUUUUUAAUGUUUUAAAAAGGAAAAUCGAUUAUAAUUUGAGUUUUCGUAUAAAAUUGAGUGUGAAUCACUGUAAUUAACUUGUAUAGAUGGUUUAAAUAUUGUUCAAAAUGGAUUUUGAAAGUCCCGAUGUUGAAAAGGAUUUCCCUGGCUUGUACGCAUCGGAAAGUGGACGUAAAAGCAAUGAGAGCGACUUCAGUGAUGGGGGUGAUCAUGAGAAGCCGAGCAAGAAGGGUCUGCUAGGCCGAUCCAAAGACAAGAAAGAGAAGAAAGAUAGAGGGUAUGCCGCUCUAGAGGGAGAUAGCUCGCCUGAAGAAGACACUGAUACAAAGAGUCCUUCCAAGUCAAAGAAGACAAAAUCAUUCAAGUUUCCAACCAAGAGUAAGGAAAAAAGAGAGAAAUCUCGAGACAAGGAGAAAGUUUUAGAAGAUGCUGUGAAACAGAAGGAGUUGAGUGAGAAGGAGAAGAAGAAGGAAAAGGAACGGGAGAAAGAAAGAGAGAGAGAGAAGAAAGAGAAAGAAAAGAGGGAUAAGUUGAGAGAAAAAGAUAAGGAAAAGGAAGAGAAAGCGAAGUUCAAGCUAGAAUCAAAGGAAAAACUAAAGGAUGACAAAAAAGACAAGACAAAAGAUAAGGACAAAGAAAAGGUUAAAGAAAAAGACAAAGAAAAGGUGAAAGAAAAGGACAAGGAAAAAGUGAAAGAGAAGGAUAAAGAUAAGAAAGAAAAGAAGCUGACGAAAGUUCCCUCCACAGUCACUUCCGGAAUACCUUUCGAAGAAAUAUUCACUUUGGGAGUGGCCCUGCCCAUAUUCGGAGUGCCGCUGCACCAGUCGGUGGAGAGGUCCCGAUGCCACGACGACGCUGCCCUGCCGUUGCUCGUGAGGGACAGCAUCGACUAUCUACAGGCGUACGGCCUGAAGUCCACUCAGAUCUACCGUGCGGAAGCGGACAAGGUGAAGCUGCAGCAGCUGCGCAAGUUGUACGACGACCGCUGCGCGCCCUUCCCGUACCACUGGGACGUGCCCGUCGCCUGCGCGCUCAUCAAGACUUAUAUUAGCGAGCUACCAGAAUCCAUCCUCACCCAAGAGCUACACGGGCAGUUCGAGCAAACCACAGCUAUAGCGGAGACGCAGCGCCUCGCCGCCAUGGCGGGGCUGACGGGCAAGCUGCCUCAUUGCAACCUGGCGCUGCUGGGCUGGCUGAUGGUGCACUUUAAUUGUGUGGCUAGGGAGCAUCAGGUGAACCACGCGACAAUAGCCCAGAUCUGCACCUACAUGGCGCCGGCGCUCAACAUGUCUCAGAACCUGCUCACGUAUCUCAUCACUAAGGCAGACAAACUGUUCCCCAAUGUCGAGCUUACCAAAUACGUCCCGCCGCUACUAACCCUCCCGGCAGAGUUCCCGGACUCGGCUAGUGCAAUAGCACUGGAGCUGCGCAAGCAGGAGUCUCUGCUGAGUCAGAUCCACGCGGAGAUGCACGCCGGGUUCAUCACGCCCGCGCGCGACCAGCGCCUGUGGGAGGCGCAGACCAUACUCACGCAACUCAAGAGAAAGCUACGGGCCGUGCAGAAAUCAGCGGAGCCGAACGCUCUGUCGACCCCGCAAAUGUCAAUCGAAGAGAAAACACCAGAAGCCAUCCCCAGCCGCAAGAGUUCACAGACCACCGACCCGCAGAUCUCAUCACCACCUACCGACACCACCGACGGCGCCAAGGCAGCCUUACCGCCCGUCCCCGAUGUCUUCCAACCAGAACACACAACGAUCACCGACUCGGCAAUUGUGCAAGAGACGUUCACCGCAGAAUUCGAAGAUAACUUUGAUUUCGCGGCCAAAGAUCUGACGAUAACCCCCCCUGAACCAACAAUACCGGAGACUACCCCAGAACCAGUGAAAGAAAAACCGAAACUAACAGAAAUUGAAAUGAAGAAGUUGCGACUGGAAUUGGAAAACGCGGAAUACUUGCAACUGAAAUCGCUGCUGCAAGCGAAGAUCAACUCGGAACAGUUCGAAAUUGUCAAACUUAGGAGCCAAGUUGCUUUGAAGAAUAAGCAAGAGGGCAACGUGCCGAGUGUGAAAGAGACGAAAGAUUACACUCCAGAGGAACAAGAGUUGAGACAGAGAUUGAUUCGCGAGAACGCCGCGUUAGAACAGAAGAGACUGAGUCUGAUUAACCAAAUAUUCCAAGAACGAGUUGCGUGUACGCAGCUGAAAAUAGAGAUAGCUAUGAAGGAGUUGUUGUAGAUUUUGUAUAAGUCGUAAAAUUUAAAUUUACUUUACAAAAAAAAAAGCUGUACAUAAAAUUAUGUUGCUCGUAAAAAUAAAUUAAAAAUAUCUUCCGUUACGAAACAUUUCCUAAGAAGUACCUUCAACGCAAAAUAUUACUAUGUAUUUUAAUAUAGGUACAUAAUCAUGUAGAAAUUGUAGAUACUAAGUAAUUGUCUCUCUGUGAAGUAUAGAUUACUUCAUAAAAUUAACUCAAAGCGAAAAUUAAAAUUUAGUUUUAGAUAAGUAUGUGUACUUGUUGAUGUUUUUAGCUGAGAUGAGAUUUUUUAUUGUGUUUAUUUGAAGAGAAUGACUAACUUGUGAAGGAAAACGAUUUUCCUUAAACAUUUUGUGAUUCAUUUGCGUGAUUUGCAACCUUAUUCCUUAUCCCAUAACCUAUAAGUAUAGUUUAGACGACAUUUAUUGACAAAAUAUUAUUUAUAUAGCCUAUAAAAGUUUCUAAUUAAGUUGCAUAGUGUAAAAACGAAGUGUAUUCUGAAUUAAAUAAAUGUUAUACACAAUAUA